CGGAACCUUCGAAGGUUAAAUCCGUUGUUAGGGGAACCGCCAUAUUCAAUGGACCGGAAGUAGACAGAUUCACAUUGAAAAUUUCUGAACUGGCAAGGUAAUACUAACGACUAUCAUUUUAUGAAGCCUGCUAAAAUUUGCUGCUGGUUUGAAUGAAAAUUGAAUGAAAGACUUCUCCAGCGUGGACUGCAUAACCCUUGACAUUCACCGAGACAUUCAUUCCAUGAUGCUCUUGAGGGUGCAGCGGCCAUAGGACUGUAAACCAUGUUUCUUCCAAGGGUAGUUUCACGACUGAACCUGCUUUCAAAAGUGUCUGGUUCAUCGCUGAACCAGAGUCAGGCGUUAUGCAGUGCUGUGCAACACUGUCAUUCUACCCAUUUCAGAGCUCUUCAGUAUUCAACCCGAUGCUUCACUUCAGCUGCCGACAAUAAAGUUUCACCCAAACUAUGGACACCUCUUGAGCCAGAGUUAGAGGAGGUUCUUGUGCCCCGUAAGCUUUCAGUUUCACCCUUGGAAAGCUGGCUUUCUCUGCGCUACUCUCUCCCUCCAUUGCUGGAGGCUUCACCGCCUCUGGAGGAAGGUGAGAUUGUGAGAAAAUCCAUGGUGCUGCCUCCGUUUGCGGUGCCAUUACUGGAGGAUGGGGAAAGCACAACACCACUGAACUGCAAGAAUGUGCUGCAGAUCCGACGAAGGAAGAUGAACAGGCACAAAUACAAGAAGCUGCUAAAACGGACCAAGUUCCUGAGGAGGAGAGUGAAAGAUGUCAGGCGGAAGAAAAAGCAGGCUAAGUUUGAACGAGAUCUUUCCCGAAUCGUUAGGAGAGCUGGAUUGAAGAGAGCCCCAGAUGGAUGGACAGCACCCCAAGUCUAUGUCAGAACGAGUCAGAAUAAAAGAGAUUAAUUAAAGGAAUAGUUCACUUCCAGAAUGAAAUUUUUUUUCAUUUUUAUUCUGGAAUUGAAUGAAUCCUUUAAAAUGUGUGUUAUGUAAUGUGUUAUGUGUUUUUUCAUAAUUCAUUUCACUCUACUGUUACUUCAUCUGGAGCAAAACAGUGACAUCAAAUAAUAAUAUUUACUGCAUAUGCGCCUAUUACUGCAAUAAAAAGACCUCAUCUCCCG